UCCUCUCCCCACCUUCCUCUCCCCUACUGCGCCCCCGCGCCGGGCGCCCACCCUGUCCUCCUGCGGGAGCGCGGUCCGCGGCGGCGGCCGGAGCGGGCCAGGCCAGGCCGGGGGAUGGCGCUCCUGGACCUGGCCUUGGAGGGAAUGGCCGUCUUCGGGUUCGUCCUCUUCUUGGUGCUGUGGCUGAUGCAUUUCAUGGCCAUCAUCUACACCCGAUUACACCUCAACAAGAAGGCAACGGACAAACAGCCGUAUAGCAAGCUCCCAGGCGUGUCUCUUCUGAAGCCCCUGAAAGGGGUAGAUCCUAACCUAAUCAACAACUUGGAGACAUUCUUCGAAUUGGAUUACCCCAAAUAUGAAGUCCUCCUUUGUGUACAAGAUCAUGAUGAUCCAGCCAUUGAUGUAUGUAAGAAGCUUCUUGGAAAAUACCCAAAUGUUGAUGCUAGAUUGUUUAUUGGUGGCAAAAAAGUUGGCAUUAAUCCUAAAAUUAAUAAUUUAAUGCCAGGAUAUGAAGUUGCAAAGUAUGAUCUGAUAUGGAUUUGUGAUAGUGGAAUAAGAGUAAUUCCAGACACACUCACUGACAUGGUUAACCAAAUGACAGAGAAAGUAGGCCUGGUUCAUGGUCUGCCUUAUGUAGCAGACAGACAGGGCUUUGCCGCCACAUUAGAACAGGUAUAUUUUGGAACUUCUCAUCCAAGGUCAUAUAUCUCUGCCAAUGUAACUGGUUUCAAAUGUGUGACGGGAAUGUCUUGUUUAAUGAGAAAGGAUGUGUUAGAUCAAGCAGGAGGGCUUAUAGCUUUUGCUCAGUACAUUGCUGAAGAUUACUUUAUGGCCAAAGCCAUAGCUGACCGAGGCUGGAGGUUUGCGAUGUCCACUCAGGUUGCAAUGCAAAACUCCGGCUCUUACUCAAUUUCCCAGUUUCAGUCCAGAAUGAUCAGGUAAAUCAGCUGGUUUUUUUCUUUUUAUACUUGGUUAAAAGAAAAAGGGUGGGGGGAGUAAUUUUUACAUGGUCUAACUUGGUAUUUAAAAUAUCUAAAAGUCAAAUUUUGCUUAGUUCCAGAAAAGAGAGUUUAACAUCAUUAUUAAAAUAAAUUUAUUGUAUAAAUACAUUUUCUUUGCUGUGUAACCCUGGAAGCAUUCAAUAAAGAGAUGUUGAGGUGGGUGG